UACAUAUUCUAUACGUGAUAUCAAGUGUUAUUAGUCUAACAUGAAAGACACUCACAGUCACAAACUCAUGCUUCGUUUACACAUGUUCAUUCGAAUUGACCGUUUCGUCCCGAACCGGUUUCCCACGGGACAGGGACAUCUCAGGGGACCCCCACAUCGUCAUUCUCCAUGCCAUGUGCAGCACCCGCCACAGCCUGCGCCACAUACUACAAUCUAAUCUCAAACGCCACAUGUAUCCUUAGUCAUCGAUUUUUUGGGGUCCUUCUGCCCGAUCGGAACCUUGUAAGCCAGCCAACGACAAAGGAAUGGUCAUCAAGACCACGUGACGUCCCGAGCUCUCCCAGGAAGUUUUGCAAUUGCUCGCUCAGCCCAUCCCCAAUUCGCGCCAUUUCCGACGAAACGACGACGACGACAACCACGAAUUCCAACCCCCAGCCUCGGAACGUGUCAAUCGAUUCUCCUCCAAAAUGAAGUACUCGCUCGCCCCCUUCAUCCUCCGUAGGCCGUGGCUCGCCCGCCUCUUCAAGCCCGCCGCUACCUGGUACGUCAACGCCGCCGGCUACCGCCAGCUGGGCCUCAAAUACGAUGAUCUCCUCGAGGAGGAGAACGAAGUUGCCCAGCAGGCCCUUAAGCGUCUCUCCAACGUUGAGUCUUAUGAGCGCAUCUACCGCAUCCGACGUGCUGUUCAGUGCAGUUACCAGCACAAGCUCCUCCCCAAGGACCAGUGGAUCACCACCGCCAUGGACAAGCCUUACCUCCAGCCCCUGAUGGAGGAGGUCGCCUCCGAGAAGGCCGAGAAGAACGAGCUCGACUCCAUUGCCGUCGUCCGAAAGCACUAAAUCAUUUUUGGGUCUCGGGUUGGGAGAUCAGAAGGGGGAGGUUAAGUAGUAGCAGGACGGUGAUCGAGAGGGAAUUGGCGCCUCCUAGAAGAAUGGUGGCCACGCCUCAACGGACUAGACAGUUCCCGUGUAUCCUAUGUAUAGACGUCGUCUGACUUGACUCAUUUUGCACAUAUCGUCAUGACUCCCAAACCUUUGUACGCAUGUGAAUAUUUUAUAAAACUGUCUCAUGCACAAUUUUGUAAUUUACAAUGUACCCGCUGGGAAUUACCUCGCGAGAAGUUCAUCUCCAGGCAGCUCUUAUGUCGCUGUCCAAGGAACUCUAACAGAAGAUGCUGAUAUACCGCUUCAUCCAAAGGUCCCAAGCUUCUUACUCGGAUCCCAUGUACGCUGGCCGAUCAGCCUUUCACAGGCAUCAUCUCACCGGCGCCUCCUCUUUCCCAGUCCAAUCCGUAGGUAUCCCUUCCUCGACGCCAUACGCCGAGCAUCAAGCUGGAUACUGAAUAUCUCCGACAUGCAGCUUUUCCCUAGUUUUUCACCCCCCAACAUGCGACUCCGUCUGAAAAUGCUGCUUUUCCCAUCCAAAUAUGGCCGUUAAGCUCGUGUUAAGUCGUAACAUAACGCCCUCCAUGAUCAAUGCUCAACAUGGCGGCAUAGUGAGUGUGAUAGAUAGUGAAUAGGUAAAGGUGAUUAAAUCCUUACACUCGCUGGUAGAAGAGCAGGUAGGCGACCUUGUUGUCCUUGAUGUUGUCCUUGACCUGCUUGGCCUUGGUACUGCCGUUACUAGUACCGUUGGCAACGCUGCUCCAUUUCUUCGCUCCUCCGGCAGGGCUUGUGACCUUGCUCCAGCCGUCAUCAUCGCCAGCAUCCUCGUCGAGAACCGCUCUGAAUCGGUUUCCAGCAGAACCAGAUGAUUGACCGUCCUUGCGGUUGUCUUUGACCUCUUCCUCCUCGCCGCCCUCGGCAACAUCUUCACUUCGGACCCUGCGAAUGACGGUGUCGUCGAUGCGAAUCCACUCGCGUCCUUCUUGACGCCGAACAUCAACAGUAUAAUGCCCACCGCUGGCGUUCUUUCCAUGGUGGUAUACUACGCUGAUCAACCUGUACUUGGGCAUGCCGUCGUCACCGUACGUCUGGCGUUUCUGCCGCGACAAAGCUUCACGAGGAAUCUCAAGCUCCAAGGGGUAGCCGAUCUUCUUCCAAAUUUUGACAGUCCCAUUGCCUUCUGCAUCAAAUUGGAAGCGCUUGAGAUGCAGUAUGAGGACGGGAGGUAGUGUGUCAAUGAAAACUUGCUUGGUGGCCGUGACAUCCUUGCCACGAGGUGAGUUGAAGUCUCCCUGAAGACGCUCGGGACGAGUAAGACCUCGUAGAGCGUCUACAACAUUGCGCACAUCAGGAGAUCCAAUAUCCAGCUGAAGGGGCUGAUAAGGCUCAGUGGUGAUAGAGUCCUUCAAGCCUGGUACACGGAACUCUGACCUUAAUGAACCACCGAAAAUCCUCGAGAUGGGGCUGAAAGAGUUAGGUCCGGAGGAUCGAGAGACGGCGGCUUUUUGCUUUCUGCCAACUUCAAGCCAGUCUUCACCAGCACCUGACCCAGAACUGGCCCUGCGUUCUUGAUCAGGUAGUGUGGAGUUCUUGAGGACUGCAGUACACUCGUCAUCAAGAGAUUGCAACAGGAAGCCGAGGAAUUCCUCAGCAUCUUGCUGAUGACCUCGCUGUAACCAGUCAGCAAAAGUUCGUGAAUGUUGCAAGUGGUCAGGAACAACUUACCCUCAUACUGGCGAAUCUUG